AUGCCGAAGAAGAAACCGGCGAAACUUUCCGGCGAUGACAUCGCCGCUCCGUUAUCAGCGCAAGUCGGAGAAUCGAUCGACACUUGGUGGUGGCUAUCACAUAAAGGAACCACCAUUUCUUUUCUCUGUAUCUCCCUAUUCGCUUUAUUGAUCCGAUCUGCUGUUUCGAUGUUCCCUUACUCCGGCGCCGGAACUCCACCCAGAUUCGGCGAUUUCGAAGCUCAGAGACAUUGGAUGGAGAUAACAACAAAUCUUCCUGCUAUCGAUUGGUACAGAAAUGGCACUUACAACGAUCUCACUUACUGGGGACUCGAUUAUCCUCCUUUAACUGCUUACCAGAGUUACAUCCAUGGAAUUUUCCUCCGAAUGUUCAAUCCUGAGUCUGUUUCUCUCCUCACCUCUCAUGGUCACGAGUCUUAUCUUGGAAAAUUACUGAUGAGAUGGACAGUUCUAUCGUCUGAUCUUCUCAUAUUCUUCCCGGCUGCUCUCUUUUUCGUGUUAGUGUACCAUAAGAAUCGAACUGGGAGCUCCAAGAGUGAAGUGGCAUGGCAUAUUGCUAUGAUUCUCUUAAACCCUUGUUUGAUUCUCAUUGAUCAUGGUCAUUUUCAGUACAACUGUAUCAGCUUGGGACUUACAAUGGGUGCUAUUGCUGCGGUACUCUGUGAGAGCGAGGUUCUCAUUUGUGUUUUGUUCAGUCUUGCUCUCAGCCAUAAACAGAUGAGUGCGUAUUUUGCUCCUGCCUUUUUCAGUCAUCUACUUGGUAAAUGCCUAAGACGUAAAAACCCAAUACUUUCUGUGCUAAAGCUUGGAAUUGCAGUCACAGUGACAUUUGUGAUUGUUUGGUGGCCAUAUUUGCAUUCUUUGGACGACUUCCUAAUGGUUCUCUCUCGCCUUGCUCCAUUUGAGAGGGGGAUAUACGAGGAUUACGUGGCAAAUUUCUGGUGCACCACUUCCAUACUCAUAAAAUGGAAAAAACUGUUCACAACACCAUCCCUCAAGUCUAUAAGCUUGGCUGCAACUAUAUUGGCUUCUCUUCCUUCAAUGGUUCAGCAAAUCAUAUCACCAAGCAAUGAAGGUUUCUUAUAUGGAUUGCUCAACAGUUCAUUGGCUUUCUACUUAUUUUCCUUCCAAGUGCAUGAGAAAUCAAUCCUGAUGCCUUUUCUCUCAGCAACACUAUUAGCUCUCAAAAUCCCUAACCAUUUCAACCAUUUAACCUAUUACGCUCUCUUCUCGAUGUUCCCUCUUCUUUGCCGUGACAAACUCUUGCUUCCUUACUUAACACUAUCUUUGCUCUUUGCCUUCAUCUAUCAUACAAAACAGAAAACUAAAGCUUCAUCGUCCUCCUUUACAAACUUCCCUGGUUAUGUUUCCUUACUAAGAACCCAUUUCUUCAUCUCCUUAGCUCUUCAUGCCGUUUACCUCACCAUACAACCUCCUCAAAAGUACCCUUUCAUAUUCGAAGCUUUGAUCAUGAUUCUCUGUUUCUCAUACUUUAUACUAUUUGCCCUUUACACCAACUAUACACAGUGGAUUUUGUCGAGCCAUUUCAGAUCCAAGGAUAAAGAAAAGAAACAAAUCUAA